CAGAGAGAGAGAGAGAGAGAGAGAGAGAGAAAUGGAUGUGGUGGAAAGUAGAUACAGAGUGAUGAAGAAAUCGCAGAAAAUGACCUUAGAAAAAUAUCUCGAUUUCGUUGGCAGUAACAAGCAACUCGACCUCACUGUCGCUAAUCUCAACGAUAUCAUCAGCAUUCACGGAUUCAAAAAAACCAAGGGUCAAAAGAAGGUUCUGGCUGAUGCAGUAAACACGAUUGAGUUAAUGGACCUGCGACGCUCCACAUUGCAAGAGGAGAUAUCAUCAGAAGCAUUCAUUUCUCUCGAUGAAGCAAUCAAUGACCUCACGCGUCUCAAUUGGCAAGAGUGUUGUGUCACCUCUCUACAAACCAUUUGCUUCUCUAAUGGAGUCAAUAACUCGGGUCAAUGCCAGGCGAGGACUAAUGCUUCAGCUUCUUCGAUCCAAAAUAUGGCACCUCCAACAAAGAAAGCAAAGGUUCAAUGUCAGUAAAGUCCUGUUACUUGGAAUGAAAAAAUAACUAAGAAAAAUAAUAGUGAUGGCUAGAAAAUAGAAUGGAAGUGGUAACUGAUCUUCGACCAGCUUGUUUUGAUGCAUAUUUGUUUGAUUGAUAAUCAAUCAUGGUUGGAUAUUGUUCAUGGAA